GUCCAGUAAAUACAUCACACAAAGUGCCAAAUCAUGGACAAUAUUCUGUACUACCUGCUAGCUCUUCUCCCUCUUCUAUUCCUUAUUACCAUCAGCAAGGCAUCCUUGGGCGCUCGCAGGCACCGGCACGGCCUGCAUCUUCCUCCAGGACCAUGGCGGCUUCCGGGCAUUGGCAGUCUCCACCACCUCCGUGGCGAGCUCCCCCACCGUGCCCUGCGUGACCUAUCUCUUCGGUAUGGCCCCCUCAUGUUCCUCAAGUUUGGUGAGAUCCCGGUUGUCGUUGCGUCCACACCAGAUGCUGCAAAGGAGAUCUUGAAGACUCGCGAUGCCGUCUUCUCAACAAGGCCGCUGAGCUUAACGAUGAAGGUGAUCACCAAGAAUGGGGCAGGGGUUGUGUGGGCGCCGUACGGCGAGCACUGGCGGCAGCUUCGCAAGAUCUGCAUGAUGGAGCUGCUGAGCGCGAAGCGCGUUCAGAGUUUCCGGCACAUACGCGAGGAGGAGGCAGCCAGACUUGCCAUGGCAGUGUCAGCCGCCACGACUCCUCUUGUGAACCUCAGCAAGCUGCUCGCCAUCUACGUCGCCGACGCGUCCGUGCACGCCAUCUUGGGCAGCCGGUUCAAGGACAGGGACACCCUGCUGCGCUACGUCGACGAGGCUGUCAAGUUGGCCGGUGGCUCCACUCUGGUUGAUCUGUUCCCGUCAUCGAGGAUUGCACGCGCUUUGAGCCGUCGAGCACUGCGGAAAGCAGAGGUCUACCGGGAGACUGUGUUCGCGUUCAUGGAUGGAGUCGUGCGUGAGCACCUGGAAAGAAGGUCCCUUAGGGAAGAAGCUCGCCAGGAAGAUUUGAUUGACGUUCUCCUGAGGAUCCGAGGGGAAGGAAAUCUUCAGUUUCCUCUCACUAUGCACAUAAUCGAGGCAGUAAUUUUUGACCUCUUUGGAGGAGGAACUGAGACAGCAGCAACAACACUACAGUGGGCCAUGGCUGAACUGAUGAGGAAUCCUGCUGUCAUGUGUAAGGCGCAGGCCGAGGUCAGGAGGGUCUUCAAAGAGCAAAACAAGAUAACAGAAGAACGAUUGCGCGAGCUAUCUUACCUGCAUUUGGUCAUCAAGGAGACCUUACGACUGCAUACUCCUGGACCGCUGUUGAUGCCAAGGGAGUGCCAAGAACAGUGCCAGAUACUUGGUUAUGAUGUGCCCAAAGGCACCAUGGUACUUGUUAAUGCUUGGGCUAUCUCCAGGAAUCCAGAGUUUUGGGAUGCGCCAGAUGAGUUUAAUCCAGAAAGGUUUCAAGGCGACAUGAGAGAUUUCAAGGGCAAUGACUUCGACUACAUACCAUUUGGUGCUGGGCGACGGAUUUGCCCAGGAAUGGCAUUUGGGCUGGCUAAUAUGGAGCUUGCCUUGGCAAACCUUCUGUUCUACUUCGACUGGAGUCUUCCAGAGGGUGUUAUUCCCAGUGAAAUGGACAUGACUGAGGCUAUGGGAGUCACAGCACGAAGGAAGGCAGACCUCUUGUUGUCCGCUACACUUCGUGUACCACUGCCAAACUGAACAAAUGUUUCAAUCUUUUGUUCUGGGACCUCUCAACAACAAAAAUAUCUUUAUGAUCUGAUUCGUAAUAAUUGUUUGUCUGUUUCACUUCCUAGAUGGCUGUUGUAUAAGUGUGUUGUGGGUUUCUCAGUCAUAUAAUUUAAGCAACAUUUUUGGUGCUGGUUUAUUUGUAAAAGGGGAAUGCAAUGUGAUAUAAGA